CUGCCUCAUCCGUACAGCAAGUUAUCAAUUAUAUAACAUAAUCUUAUAAAAGAGAAAGCUAAAACUUGAAAAAAGGCAGCUGAUAGGAUACUUUAAUGAGUAAGACGAGUUACAUAAUGGGUGAAAAUGGAUCAUAGAGAGGAGUAGUGUGCAGUUGCCAGGGAGGGACGCAUGCGCCCCGCCGCCGCCGCCGCAGACGUCGUCAAUACUACACCGCCAUAUUGUUAUCAGACGCCUCGUCAAUAUAUAUUUUCUGGGACGUUUUCUACCGCUUUACCACGAGACGAGGAGAUGGGCACAGCUCUGAUGACCCAGUUCCUCUUCCUAACACCAAUACACAGGGUGGGAACAGCUGCCAAGGCGAGGUCAUAACUCACUGAAGCAGUACAGGCAGUCCCCGACUUACGUCGGGGUUAGGGACCCAAUUCCAGGUCGUGAGGGAGGAUGGCACAGUUUGGUGGUGGGAAAGCUCCUCCACCAUGGCAGCAGCGUCCACAGGCGACCCCACAGCUGCAGCCAUCUCUCCUGGGCCAGCAUCCAUCAGCUCCCAACCAGCAGCUGGUACUAGGAGGUGCUCCUCAACAGCCACAGUAUGCACCUGUGCAGCAGAGCAUGAUCCAGCCUCCAGGUCUAGGGGGCUUACAGACCAUAGGCCAACCAACUAUUACCCAACAGACAAUAGGACAACCCACCACAGGCGGCAGUCUCAUGGGUCAGCCACCUAUAACCCAGACCUUACAACCCCCGAGCCUUGUCAAUCCUGCACAGAUGACCAACUCACAGAUGCAGCCACAGAUUCAACCACAGCCUCAGCCACAGGCACAGCCACAAGCACAGCCUCAGGUGACGGCUGUAACAUACCCAACCCCAAGGGCUUUGGCUCCUCCAGGUGCAUUUAAUCCAGCAGCCACCCCAAGUAACAUGGCCACUAUCGCCAACAACCUACAGACUAAUCUACAGAACAAUAUUGCAAACAACAAUGCCGGUCAGCAGCCUCAAAAGCAGCGAGUUUUUACGGGAACUAUUACCAAACUGUGCGCCGAUUUCGGCUUUGUUGACGAAGAUGUCUUUUUUCAGACGAGCAGUUGUGUUAAAGGACAAGCACCCAAAGUGGGAGAUCGUGUGUUGGUGGAGGCAACGUAUAAUCCCAACAUGCCUUUUAAAUGGAAUGCCAACCGUGUACAAGUAAUUCCUGGACCCACAGGAGCUCCAACCCCAAACCAAAGCCGCAGCAACCUGCCAGUGAGGGAGAUGAAUAGUCGCGGAGGUUCCUAUAAUGCCGUGCCUCCACCCAAUUUCAGUAGUGAAACUCAACCCGGGAGCUUUGGUACCCGCGGCUGUCUCGGUCCCCGAGCCCGCUCUCCGAGACGAGAUAGGCGAGAAGAGCGCACCAGGACGUCGAGAGACAGAGACCGUGAACGCAGCGAAAAAGAGAAGGAAGAAAAACGAGAGAGCAGAAAACGAAGUAGGAGUCGGGGGCGCUCUCGUUCACCACCUCGCAGAAGAAUGAGAGUAGUCCCUCGCUAUAAUGUACAAGUUCCUAAGAUUUUAUUACACAUGAAAGAGGCUAAUGUGUUGGAGCUGAAGAAACGAUAUAGUAACUUGUACGUUCCUUCUGAUGUCUUUUUGGCGCGCCCUCUCUGGUCAGACACGUUCCCUGCUCACCGGCCAUUCCAGUUCCCCCGGCCAGUCUCUUUUCACAUCAUGAAUAAAGAAGUUGAGCCAGUGUUGGAGAAUGACUCAGUGUAUGAUGCUCCAGACGCCAAUCAUAGUUAUGCUGCUAAGGUGAUGUUAAUGGCAGUGCCAGCAUUAGAAGAUAUUUUCCGUCGUUCUUGUGCACUGAGCGAAGACCCUAGUGAUGUUCGCGAGUGUUUUGUCCACCCGACACGCCUCAUCAACUUCCUCGUGGGCCUCAAGGGCAAGAACGAGACUAUGGCUAUUGGUGGCUACUGGAGUCCCUUUCUUGAUGGCCCCAACCCAGAAAAGGACCCAAACGUUCUCAUUCAUACCGCGAUCCGCACCUGCAAAGCCCUAACAGGCAUUGACCUGGCAGGGUGCACUACCUGGUACCGGUUUGCGGAGAUUUACUAUCGCCGAGGAGAAUCCACACACAAGGGCCGGAGUUCGCCUGCCCGGGUUGAAACCACUGUACUAUUUCUCCCAGAUGUUUGGAACGUUUGCCCAGCCAAACUGGAGUGGGACGGUCUCCACCUCAACUAUAAGCGGCAGCUGGACAAGAAGCUCUCCUCCUCGGCAGGAUGCCAGCAGCAGCCUGAGGAUCAGGAGGGGGAGGAGGAGGAAGACAAGGAGGAUUCACCCAAGAAGAAGGAUCCCAGCCACUAUGCCACCUUAGACCCUAAGAGUAUGAAGGUGGCUGAACUUCGAGCGGAGUUGGAUGCCCGAAUGUUAAAUAGCAAGGGUCUGAAAUCACAGCUGAUUGCACGCCUAACAAAAAUUUUGAAAAAUGAACAAGAGAAAGAGGAGUCUGAGAAAGCUGCAACUGCUGAAAAUAUUGAAACAGAUGAGGUGAAGAAAAAAGAAGAGGAGGAGAAGAAGAAAGAGGAAGAACGUAAGAGAAAAGAAGAGGAGGAGAGAAAGAAAGAGGAGGAAGAGAAAAAGAAGGCGGAGGAGAGGGAAAGAAAUUUACUCGAGAAGCGGUACACCCUUCCAGACCAGCCCAUGAUUGUUGUGCAUCCAUCUCGCACCGCCAAGUCCGGUAAAUUUGACUGUACCACCAUGUCCCUCUCCGUGCUUCUGGAUUAUAGACAGGAAGAUAACAAAGAACAUUCCUUUGAAGUCAGUCUCUUUGCGGAGCUGUUCAACGAAAUGCUGAUGAGAGACUUCGCCUUCCGCAUCUAUCGCGCCCUGUACGAGUGCCCGGAGAAGCCAGCCAAGGAGGAAAAGAAAGAAAAGGAAGAGAAGAAAGAGAAGGACAAGGACAAAGAGAAGAAAGACAAGGAGAAGAAGGAUGAAAAAGAUGACAAAGAAAAGAAAGAAGACAAAGAGAAGAAGGAAGAAGACGACGAGAAAGACGAGAAACUGGAAGAGGAAAAAGAAGUAGAGAAGAAGGAAAAGAAAUCGGUAGAAAAAGAAGAAUCAAAAGAGGAGAAGGAGGAAAAGAAAGAGGAAGAGGAUGAAGAUGAGGAGAUGGAGGAUGAAGAUGAUGAUGAAAUUGAUGAUGAAGACUCCAAAGAUGAAACCAUUGGUACCAAGAGUGGAGACAGCAAAGAGAAAGACGAUCGUAAGGACAGUAAAGAUGGGAAGAAGAAGGACGACAAGAAAGACAGAGAAAGAAGAGAGAAGAAAGAGAAGAAGAAGAUGUUCACCAUUGACCCAUUUCUUCUCCUGUCGUUCGUGUACUUCGACCAGACACAUACGGGUUAUAUAAUCGACCGCGACUUAGAGGACAUCAUUAAUAUGCUUGGCCUGAACCUUUCCAGAGCACAGCAAAAGAAACUAAUGUCAAAGGUUAUGUCCCGAGACGUCUUACACUACCGGAAACUGACGGAUGUUUCCCUAGAUGACAAGGACAAGCCGAGGGAUCCUCCACCUAUCCUAGACUUGGAGGCCUUGGCUAAGGGUAACAACACUGUGAUGCCACUGUUCACGGACGCCUUUGCUGCAGCGGUGUGUGGAGAUUUGAAGAUAAUCACCAGAAAAAACUCUCGUAACAAAGAAGAACCUUUGAUAUCUGCAACAGUUAUUACAGGAGUUGUGAAAUAUGGAGGCUCACUGGUGGACAUCGGCAAGUUGAUUCAACAGCUGGAAAAGUCUGAAAAUGCCAGAAGCAACACAGAAGAAAAACUUAAAGAAUUACAGAAGGACCUAAUGUGCAGCAAAGAUGAAGCAAAGAAGUCGUAUGAGAAAUGCAGUAAGCUGAAUAAAGAGCUUAAAAGUACAAAUUCUAAUCUAAAAUCAAUGGAAGAGGAACUUCAAAAGGCUAUAGAGGACAACAAUGUUUACCAGAGAGCGUUGAAUCAAAUCAAGAUGGUGAUCCGGCCUUUGGUGGCUGGCGUGGACCUGGACGAUGAGGACUUUCCUAUGAGGGAAAUCAGGGACACUGCUAAAUUAAAGUCAGAACCUUUAGAGAAUGGAACAUUUGAGUGAAUGAAAACUUUGUAAAAAAAAGUGAAAACUACCUAAAAUACUAAACAGUUUUACUUCAUCUUCUGAAAUGUAAAAUAUUGUAAAUUGAAAGUUUGAGUACAAGAAGAGGUGAGUAAGCCCAGUCUCAGUUGAUAUGAGAAAGAUUUCUUGGAGGUUAUCCAUUGUUUCCCCUGUGAAGUGUUGCACAUAAUAACUCAGGAUGAUUAUGGUGAAUGUGUGUGUCUAAACCUGUUGAUGAAUUAGAAGAUUUAUUAAUUCCUGGUAUUACUCAGCAUUUAAAAAUUAGGUUUUAAUUUAUUAAUGAUUCUUAAAGAUUUCGGAUUGAGAAUAACACGGUAUUCUAAAUUGUUGUGUCAGUUUUUCACGUUGUUCUUAACAAGUUUGCUCUUCUUUAUCCAAUCAUAAGUUGUAGUAAGAGAAGAAGGUCAACAUAGAUGAAUGAUAUGAAUAUGAUCUUUUCAUUUGGUAGAGAAGUACUGUACUUAAUUAUCCAUUUAUCAGUUUUUAAGUUUUAGAAAAAGAAGAUUCAUGUUGCAGAUAAUAUGAUAGAGAUGCAUAUAGAAUGAUACACUUUAUUAUUGUUCUUACAUCAUGAUCCUCUAACUGCUGAUGUUCUGAUAUGUUAAGUAAAAAUGUUUCUCUGAGGACAUCAAGCUCAAGGGUAUUCUGCUGUCAUUCACAGUAUAAUUCCUUCCUCUAAGCAACUUUUGUAUUACAUUCAUUAAUUCAUGAAUCAGUUAUCCCUUUCCAUCACAGACAAGUCAUUGCAAGAGACCUUCAGAAAGAUGUCACCAUUUUAAGCAGAAUGCAGUGGGUUAUAACGUCAUACUAGCAUGCAUGUCCCUCUCCUGGCAUCGGUAGCAUUCAGUUCCAUUUAUAACUUGCGCUCUCUCUCACACACACACCAUCUCUUUGAUAGUUGUGACUCCUCAUUUCAGAGUUAAUUUCUUUGUCUAUGCAGUGUUUGUGGCUGAUCUAUGCAUUUCCCAGUGUUUUUAUUAUUUCUAAGUUGAGUUUAAUAAUUGUUAUAUCUUGUUUAAAUGUUUUUGUUGUUUUUCACUUUCAUAGCCAGUAACUCAUUUUGCCUAUCAUUAUCAGGUAUUGGGGCCCAAUCCUGAAGACUAAGGCAUUUCCCUGGUAUGAUUUACAAUAGAAUGUUAAAAGAUUCUGUUUUAGUGAUGAUUUGGUUGGUUCACCUGGAAUAAACAAACCUGCAUAUAACAACUUGAUUUAGAGGAUGUUGUGUAUUCACUUAGGGUUUCCUAGGAUGGCUUAGCAGCCUAUGAAACAAAUCUUAAGUGGACUUUUCAAUGUAUGUGCCGGCCAGUUUAGGCUGCAUUUAGUUGGUCAGUUAGAGCAAUGUGAAAUUUACCCUGGGAUGUGACCUAGCAACCAUUCACAUAUUGUUACCCAUAGUGAAGGAAGCAACACCCAUAAACCAAGGCUAACACCCUGAAGAGAACAAAGAGAUUUAUUUACCCUUAUAAAUUUAAAUGGCUCUCAUUUCAUUGUAACAAGUUUGUUGAACUUUUUACUUGCACCAUAACUUUGUACAGUUAUUGCUAUUGCAUUGUAGGUAUUCCUUCAUCUGUUGUUAGCAUUGUAAGAAUACAGUUACUUACAAAGGAGAAUGAUUUUGUUUUAUAUUUUAAAUAAAUUUUUUCAUUGAGUCAUCAUAAUGAAAUAAUGCAUGUAGGAUUAUUUACUUACUCCUCAUGUUCUCAGUCCUGUAGCUGUUAUCUUGGUUUAAUGAGUAACUUUUCCUUCUGUAUGUAGCAUAAAGUUGUGGAUAAAAAGAUUAAUGAGCAUUAGAUUGUUAUAUUUCAGAGUCCCUUAAUGUUGUAUUGAUAAUGAUAGUGUUCAGUGAGUCGAGGCUUGUUAGCCUCCUGCAGUGUAACAGUUGGAAGGAUGGGCUGUGAAAUGUCACUGGUGGGCUAACUCAACAUCUGAUAGAUCUUGCUCAGAAAAAUAAUUUGGAAAACCCUCCAGGUCUACUGGCUCAACAUUUCAUUGAUAACUCACACUGUGGAACACAAGGGUGUUCAAUUUGUCUUUUGUGCCAUUUACCUUAUGAUAGGUUUGGACCAAAUACCCCAAAUGCAGAUUUGCUCAUUCAGGAAAAGGGAGGUUUAAUUCCUUUUCCUAUGCCCAAGUAACAAGGCUAGUUCAAGGAAAAGUUUCAUUUUUAUUCAAUAGCCUCUGAAUUCUCAGUUAAUUGAGAGGGAAGUCAUGAUCUCCCAUGAUGAUUGGCUGGCUGGGUUCUAGUUUUAAGAGUCUUACAUUUUAACUAGAAUGAGGAGUUCCCUAGGUAUCUAGGGGUUGACUUGAUCUUUUUUCUUUUGCCUCACCUGACCUCAGACAUUUUCUGUGAGCUUAAAUAUUUCCUUCAUUGUGUAAGAGGUGUUGGUUGGCAUAGGCUAAUAUUUUCUGUUGCCCAGACUAUCUCUUAAGGACAGUGUGGGACUGAGAAGUUUGCAAAGCUUGAUAGCUAGAUCUUUUAGCCCUUCCUCCAGUAGGGUGAGCUCCCUAUGUGGGGUCCAUAGCCACACAAGCACUUGAAACUAUUUUUCCAACCCUGACCUUUUUUCUAGCUGGUGUUAAUUAAACAUAUCAUCUGAGCCAGGCAUAAAUGGAGGUUAUUGAUCAGGAAAUCACUUGUGGUUAGUGAGCUUGGAUCAGAUGACUCUCAGUCUCUUUUUGAGGUUUAUUGAAUGUUAGGUUGAUCCUGCAGUACUAGACCAUAUGACUUAACUUUCACUUGAUAGAUGGAACCAGCACUGUUAGAGUAGCACAAUGAUUCAUCAGCCUCCUGCUUUAACUGGUGACAUUUGUUUCAGAAACUCUUAUUUAGGUGAUGGUUGUCAUGGGGAGGGUAAUACUAGGUAAUCAUUUCAUUAAUCACAAGCAGGAAAUAACUCAGUAUUCCACCAUAAUUUCUGUUGAAAGUUUUCCCACUUUACAGUUUUAUACAAAGUUAUUUCUUAAUGAGAAUUUAAUUUUAUGACAAAUACUGUACAUAAUGAGUGGGUAUCAUAAUAUUAUAACUUAUGAUGACAAGUAACACUAUAGUAGUACUGUAUAUGAUAAAUUAAAGUCUUGUUACUUGUCAGAUGAAUAUUCAUGUUCUUCAUUUACCAAUAUGCAUCCAAUUCUUGUGUGCACUUUGAUACGUAAUUACCAUUUCUCAAAUUAAUUUUCAAUUUGUCUCACUGUGACCUGUCUUCAGUAAUGAAAGUGAAGCCCCACAAUUUAAAUACUUAUUGUUUCUUAUAAUGCAACAAGAAUAUUAUGAGUCAUUUUUUAAGAUCAUUGAGUGGGGUGGUUAACUCUGACUAGAUUAUUCAUUAUCUAAACAUAGAGGAUUGAUCACAGAUGUCCCAUCUUAUGACUGAGGCUGUUGCUAGGCACCUCUUGUAUUGCACCAAUUGGCCAUACUGUUGGGGCAAGACUCAGUACACCCUUGGCGUUGAUGGCUGGGUGCUAAUGAUUGUUCACUUCUCACUUUCAUGGCAGUGGGUAGAGAUGGUCAGUAGUUAUGGUGGGUUGGGGGUGGACAAUCACAUGCAACCAAUGUCUAGUGUCUUCAAAAUCCCGAACCCAAUAGCAUGGUCUGCGCUUUACAAGAGCCUGCUAGUAGUAGUAAACAUGAAGUCAAGACAUGUUUUGUGGGUGAAAACUCUAAAAUUUUAACAUUUACUGACUGCCUGAAUGGGGAUGUUUUAUAUACAGGGGUGUAGUUGGAAAUUAUAAAUAAAACCAUACACAUCCUGUCUUGGAAGAGCACUGUAUGUCCUUUUGCCUUGUUCAAUGAAGCAAAAUAGUUCAAGGUUUUAUUGAUUUUUAGUCUAUAAUUAAAUACUGUAUAUAUACAGUAUAUAAUUUUGGGGGACAAGCAUUUUUUAGCCUUUGUUUAGCAUAAGCAAUUUGUUCUGGAAUUUCUUCCUCUAAAAGUUAUAAGACUUGGGCUCUAAACUAUUUAUUAUAUUUCCUGUAAGGUAAUGUAAACACCACGUCCGCAUAGAGCUACUGAGGUGACUCAUCUUUGAAUGUAUUAUUGUUAAUGUCUUGAGAGAGAUAUUGUAAAUAAGAGUGAAGAAUUUUGUAUCAUUUUCUAUCAUCUGUUGAAGCUUGGAUCAUUAUGUGUUCAGUUUAGUGAGGUGCUGGAUUUUUAUUAUUUUUUGUUUUUCGAAAUCAGGAUCUGAUAGGUAUGAAAUAUGCUGAUACACACUGCUAAAUAGUCUUAGUGAGACUUAACUAUGUACAAAGAAGUGAAUUAGGAUUAAGGAGUGUUGUAGAUAUUCUAUUGGUAGGUUAGUUUAGAGUUUGUCAGGUAUCCAUUUUUAAUGGGAAAUAUUUUUUUAAACUACAGAUUACAUCAGGGUUUUCUAUGAUGUAUCAUCCAUCAUAGGUGGUUUCUUGAUUGUUAAUACAGGUAAUUAUUUAAUUACUCUGCUGCCCUCUAUUAUAACUAAUAAAUUAUGCCAUUUUUUUUGGAAUGGUCAUGUAAAAAUUUGCUAUUUGAUUUAACAUACCAUAAUUGUUAUAAGCUUCUGUUUUAUACAUCAUAAGUGGAGUGACUUGCUAUUAAGAAGCAGAUUCUGGCACUGCUUUGUUUGAGUCAUAAUGAAGCUACUGUAAUCAUCAUUGUAAUAAACUGAUUCAGUACA